AAAAUCAAUGUGAGUAGCCAUGUAAUGCAAAAAAAAAACUUGUUUAAAUUUUUCGUGAUUUUUACGCCGAACUCGUGGCUGUGAAAUUUUGUUGAGUGUUUUACAAAUACAUGUGAAUAUAAAUUAUUGUAAUUACCAAUUAAUGACGUUCCACGGUGCCGGUUGAAUUAGAUUUUUCAUAAUUAUUAACUGAGAAAGACUGAAUAUAUGAGAAUUCAGCAGGGUUUACGCAACAAAGGAUAAAUAAUGAUAAAUAAGAAGAAAUGACAAGUAAUGCUGGUAAUUUUAGAAGAAGUGUUGAUUAUAACAGUGAGAACAGAACCAAACACACCGUUGGGUUCAUUAGAGAUUACCAGUGGUACGCGAGGCAACAUAUAUACGAUUUGGGGAAGGAUGUUGGUUGUCAAUGCGAUACAAGAGGCCAUAUAAUGGGCUACUCUCCUAGACGCGCCGAAGUGGUGUAUUACAGCGGUUUACCAAAACAGGUGUACGCUUACAACAGAACUAGGAGUUUUACAAAUGUUGGCGUCGGAAGCGCGAGCCAGCAGAAGAAAAGAGUAAGAAAGAUAUACUUACCUGAGACGGAGCAUAGGGGUGUUGGGAGUUCGGACUUGUCUCCAAUGUUAGCCGAUAGGAAAACUAGAUACGAAAGGGAAAACGUUGUGUACGCUCGCAAGAGAGUCUCGUCAAAAUGCGUCGGAGGUGCCUCUGAAUCGGUAACUGUCAGGCAGUGCUCCGAGAAACUAUCGCCUAUUAAUAUUUUCGACAACUCUAAAGGCGCACCCAGUCCAACUGUUGAGCACGAAGUGAAAACAAACAGCAAAGAUAUAGGAAAUAAUACUGUAAAGAAAAACGUAACAAACACAACGACGCAAGUAGAAAAUGAACGACAAGAGCAUUUGCCUCCAAAACAAGUGAAAGGUACAAAACUUGAUCAAGAAGUGGAACCUAUAGACACCGGGAAGUCAGAAAGGCUUAGGUAUUCCGCAAAGAAAUAUCCAGGUAUUGUUUCAAUGCAGAAGUCGUCUGAUUCUUUAGAGCAACACGUUCAUAACUUAGAAGACCCUAGUUUCAUUCAAAGUACGGGAUCAUCGGAUCCGAUGGAAAACAAGUUAGAAAAAGAAUACAGGAAAAUCUUUUCCAGUAAGAAUAAAGAAGAUGUUAAAACCGUCACAGAAAAACCUAUGCCUGAACUAAAGAGUACGUCUCUACUUCGACGACGUUUCGAAGCCUUGAAGCGUGGUAUGGCUAAAAAAGAAGAGGGUAAAAAGAACUACACAACACCAUCAAAAGAAUCUGAGCCAAUUGCCGUUCCUGGCGCACCUAUUCAUAGAGAUAUUUCUGUAGAUUCUGACCCCCCCUCAUUAGAGGGCAGAUCGUUUUCCCAAACAAAGAUUUUCAGUCCCCUUCCAUCUAUAUACAGGAAUGAUCGUAAAUCGAGACAACACCAAAAAAAAUCGCAUAAUGAUAAAAAAGAAAAAGAGAUUGUACCUCCUCCAAAAGCUACAAAAGGCGAAGCUGAUGUUAAAGACAUGUUCAAAAUGUGGGGAGAGAAAUUUAAUUUUGAAGAAGACAAGAAAGAACCUGUUGGUGUUACUUUUGAAACAAAGGCCAAACCUGAGACGAAAGCUAAAGGUAAUGAAACCAAAACUGAUGAAAAUAAGAAAGAAGGAAAAAGAUUUUUCUUCUUCAAAAAGAAAAGCAAGGAUAAGGCCAAGUCACCUCCCCCUGAUAAAAAAGGAGUGACCACCGGUCGGUGUGAAGUUAAAAAUUGCACUAUAUUGAAUAGGCACAAUGAAGAAAUCCAAGAAGAAACACCGAAAAAAGCAUCGGCUAAAUCAGACGAAGAAGAAAUUAUAAAAAAGAACUGGCUUAAAAGUUUUAUUCAAAAAACAAUUGAAUCAAGGAAAAGUUUGCAAAUUAGGUGGAACAAUAAGACAUACACGACGAGUAGCAGCACUGUAUUUGAAUUAAUGGACAACUUGUACCGACAAGCGAAUGCAGUGAUUGGAUCACAAAGCGAAACGAGUACAUUAACGUCUUAUUAUUCUUCCUACCAUAAACACCGCGUGAACUUCGUGCAAGAUGUUGAAGCAUGGAUGAUCCCAAAAAUAUGUACCAGUAGAAAUGUGUGGUAUCCGCACAGAACUUUGCCAUAUAACUUUUUUCGCAGAAACAAUGACAGCAACAGAAUAGCUGAUCGCAAAUGGUAUAUUGACAAAUCAAAGGAUUUUGCCCAAGAAAUCGAAUUGGUGUUGAAUUCAAAAAAUUUUGUGAGAUGUCAUAGAACAAUUAGCUCAGAUUAUCUACGAAUAGAUAUUCCUAAAGGAUUCUUUACUGAGCCAAGCAGUGAAAGUGAUAAAUUUGCAACAAGUAAUUCUGAAGAAGUUUAUAAAAUUAUCGAAUACGAAAACCCAGAAUCACGAUCAACAUUAAGAUUCAACGUAAAAAGUGAUAUUGGCGACUAUUCACAUAAUGAUGUUAAAAUGAAAAAGAAAGUUAGCGUUAAAGAUCAGCAUACAGAUACCAGAGUAAUAGAAACAGUAAUAAAGAGACUGCCAGCACAUAGGGACGUGGUGAUUCAGUGUAGUAACGUAAACAUUCCUAAAAGAUGUGACGUUAUCGGUGUUGGUAUAAUUACGCAUCGUGUUAACAGAGAAAUCGGAAAAUCGUUAAUAAACACAGACGAUGAUGUUACCGACGAAGAAUCAGAACAACUGCUGGAGAGCAAGAUAAAGCAAUGCCAAUUUGCUGAGAGUUACCUGCGGGAUUACUAUCGCCAUUGGAUGCCAUUAGGGAUCGAUCUAUUUCCAGAACGAGUCAGUGAUUUCCAUAUAAAAUGUGCGUCUCAAGAAACUUUAUCCAGUCUACAUAACCAAGGAGACGGCACAAAGUCUUGUCCCAACAUUCCUAAUGAUUACCACUCCGACAUAAAUUUGAAUCCAUCAAAUAGUCGCAUUUCAUGCAAAGACGCAUACAUAGAUAAAACAAAAAUUUUCAACACGUUUAAAAGCACGACGCAAUCUGAACCACCGCUAGAAGCUAAGAGGGUACUGCCAAAAGAUUCUUUCGAAGUCUUGAGAAAGCGCAUGUUGUAUGCUUGUGGUAACAGAUCUAGAUGGAAUUAUCCUGAUGAUCAACCCUACUCCGUCCCGAGUAUACAAGACAAGGCAGAACAGGACGCACUGAAUGAUACUUGCAAAACAGAGAAAACACCGAAAAGAUGUACAAAACGAGUCUCAAUAACUAAAUGCGAUUUUCCACCUGAAUGCUGUGUGAAAGUGCACGAACCAAAGCCGGCAGGUAUUCUGAAUUAUAAUAAGAAAUCGAUGACUUCUUUGUACACAAAACAUGCCACAGUAAGAGAAGAUGACAAUUGUAUAAUUUUGCCACCGCUUUGCAAUGACCAUUGUAAUGUUUCACCAAAUCCGAAAUGCUCACAGAAAUCUUCCAAAUCCUCAACGAAUUCGUCAAAAAAGAAAUCGAAAUCAAAACGAAAUUCACCUACUGCAAUUGACUUGCCUAGCAAUAGUUCGCCUCCCAAAAGUGAUUGGCCUUGCAAAAGUAACUCGCCUUGCAAAAGUGAUUCUCCUCGCAAAGGUAAUUCUCCUAGCAAAGGUAAUUCUCCUUGCAAAAGUGAUUCGCCUAGCAAAACAAAUUCUCCUUGCAAAAGUAAUAUAAGUUCACCAGUGAAAAAAAAUUCGCCAACAAAAAGUAGUUCGCCUGCUAAAAGUAGAUCGCCUUCUAAAAACGUUUCGCCUAUUCGUCCACCACUAAAAAAAUUGCCCAUUAAUGUCCCGUGUAAAAAAAAUUCGCCUUGUAGGGAGAUUUCAGAGGGGUCCAUAAAUGAAUACCAGUGUCCGUGCACAUGCAAGAAUUACAAGUCACCGCAAAAAUCGCCAAGCAUGCCUAGGUCGCCUUCAAAUCAAUCAACUCCACGCAGUGACUCGCCAAAACCAAGAAGAAAGAAACCAUGUCCGUGUGGACCAAAGAAAUCGCAAAGUCUAACACCAUCUAAAAGAUCUUCGUCGAAUUGUACUAAGCCCAAUGCAUCUUCGUCUCCCUCACAAAGUCCAAUUUCUUGCCCAGGACCAAAGCCACAGGCCCUGGAAUCUCCAAAACCAAAAGCAAAACAUUCCUCAUGUGGGUGUCUCAAAAAAUGUCAGUCACUAUCAUCUAAUAACAGCAAAUCUCCAAUAUCAACACAAACUUCAAGUAAAAUGAAUGUGCCACAGCCUGCUUCACCAUGCCCCCCCAGCAUGCCAGCUCCACCGGCUUGCCUUAGCACGCCUAGCACGCCUGUUCCGCCGUGCCUCGGCAAGCCAGAGCUUCUACCGUGUCCGGCCCGGGCGAAAGCCGCGCCAUUUAAAAAACAUAGUAGCCCAUCCAAAAUUCAAGGAGUACAUUUGAAAAAACUAGCAGCACCAGUGGACAGCUCUCCUUCUAAGUGUGCCAUCAAAUGCCCGAAUAAAAUACUGAAAGCGAAUGAAGCUUUGGCAACAAGUGUUUCAGAAGAACAAAUAAUGAUAAGAAUAAAGAAAACCUGUCCAAGCACUGAAGAAAUAAGGGAAAAUGUAAAUUUCAAAGUACAAGAUGCUGAUGGGAAAACACUGUAUGAGAGAAGAGAUUAUAGAGCAGAUAGAGAUGUGUUGGCUCACAAAUCAUCGCUUUUGGGAGAUGUCUACAAAGUAAACACAGCAAGUGUUGUUUCAACUUCAAGUCUUGAAAAGUUAACUCUGAAGGAUGAGAAACAAGCAAAAAGUAUAGCAAAUAUGAUCGAAAUUUCAUUUGGUCUAAAGGUUACACAAGGAGACAAGAUAGCUGAAAUAAAUUUAAGUGGAGAUAACGAUGAAACAGAUGAUGUAGAAGCACAUUACUACGAUGGAAAGUCUCAAGACGUUUUCAUUGUUAACAGUCAAGCAGAAGUCACGCAUGAUGAUGCAAAUGAUAAGAAUGAUAUAAACAUUAAAAUAGUUAUUAAAAACUUUGACACAAAAAAUGCGAAAUCAGAAAUUAAAAGUAGAAAACAAUUUGAUGAGAAAUUCGCACAAAAAAUAUCUCAGAAAUUCCAUACAGUCUCCACUGGUUACAGCGAUAUUUUAGGAUCUCACAUUGACGACAUGUACUCCAUGCAUAAAACUACAAUAGAUUUGACCGAUUCUAAAUCUCAACCUUUACCUAAUUCAAGAAGCGAAGAUGAAAAAGAAGAACACUAUGAAAUUAUAAUGAAAACGUUACCGCUGUUUUCAAAAGAGUCAGACGUUAUAGGUGAUGUGCCGAUGACUGAUUCUAAGCAAAAAGACGAUCAAUCAAUUCAUAACUCGGAAACAUAUGAAGUUGUGAACAGAUCUCGUCCAAAUAUAGUAGAAAGUAACACUGAUAAAAAUAUACAAAUGAUAAAAAUCGAAAAUGAUAUGAGAAAUUCCAUCAGUACUAUAAACUUGAACGAUGUUUCUACUUCGUUGCAAAAAAUUAAAUCCAAAGGAAAGAAGAAAGAAUACAUAGAAAUAAGUGGUAAAGAAAGUAUUAGUGAUAAAAUAGCUUCUAAAAAUGUGUCUGAGUCUCAAUACGUUGAAGGAAAUAUAAUGGAUGAACAAUCUAACAAAAAUAAAAAUAAUGUUGCAAUCAAGCUAUGUAGGAAUGGCGUAUUAAAUAAACAUUCAAAAAUUCCUUUGUUAGAACUAAAAAAUACCGAUUUACUAGAUAAUAUAGUGAAUAAAUCUAAAUCAAGCAAUAUGUGUUUACCCAUUCAGAAAUCUGAAAUUUGCCUCUCACUUGUUGGAAGUAAUGAAGUCGACAAAUCUGUUGAAGGCAAAUCUGAGCGCAAUAUAUCAUUGCAUAAUAUUAAAAAUAACAGUACAGAUCCGGUAAUUCCAUCUUUAGAAACGAAUUCUACUGUUAAUAUGCUUGAAACAGAUGUAGUUGAAAAUAAAUCAGUAAUAAAUGAACAAAUAUCAAAAUCACAAGAAUCUAAAAACAAUACAAGAAAAAGCAGUAAAACUAAUACAAGAAAUAGUAGUAAAAUUAAUACCAGAAAUAGUACUAAAAAUAAUACAAGAAAUAGCAGCAGUACAAUGAAUAAACUAGUUGAAUCAUCUGAAAUCAAUAUUAACAAUGAGAAUCUGAUAACAGACAUGCUUGAAAAUAUAUUGAAGCAAGACAAAAUAUUUAAGUACGCUGGAGGAGAAGUAAUAUUAGACUCAGACCAUGACAAUGCUAUAGUAAUAUCUGAAACAAUGCAGAGUAACGAAAACUGCAUUAAUUCCGUUGAAAAUAUUAAUAAUUUGGAACAAAAAAGGUCAGAAUGCAAAGAAGCCGAUGGCACAAAGAAAUUAAAAUUUUUUCAAGGCUUCCAGAAAAAGCCGCCGCCAAAAGAUAUUAAUGCAAAAAAAAUAACAAACAAGUGUAAUGAUAAGGAACCGCGAACUACUAAUAGUGAAAGAAAUACAGAUGUAGACACGGAAAACACAGACUUGAAUCCAUCACAGAAGUCGUUGCGUUUCACAGAUACAGAUGAUCCAGAUAAUGUACAAGAUUUGACUAAUACAAGCGAUGAUACGUAUGAUGACCCUAAAAAUAAAAGACAAUAUACAAGAACAGAAAAAAAAGAGAUGUUAAAAAAUGUAUUUGAAAAAGCUACAAAUCAAAAGUGGAAAACCAAAGGCCGCAUGAAACGUCUAAAGAACAUGUUGAAAUUCAUCUUAACAUCAGAUAGUAGUGAUGUGGAUGAUAUGCCCGUCAUUUCUAAGGAUUCAAUCAAAGACUGCACUUCCUGCGGGCUGCCUGUUUUGAUCAAAGAGACAGAUAGUAUGAAUAACUUUUACAGAAUGGAAAACGUUUUAAACUCUGAAGAUGAAGACUUUAAAAUAGCUGACGACCAAAGUGACGAUAGUGAUUCUUCGGAAUAUCAACAGGAGCUAAACAAAUGUUUAUGCCAUACUAUGGCAGAAAGAUUAAGAAAACAUGGAGAAAAUUUAAUAGGUGGCUGUUGCUGCAAACCACCACUUACAAACACAGUGAGUGAACAAACAUCUUGCAACAUGAAUAACAACGAUAAGGAAGUAUAUAUGAUGAAUUGCAAAGCAGCUGAAUACAUAGACGUUCAAACACAAAAUUCAGUAAUAAAUAGCAGAUUAACAAACUUACAGUUGGUACAGCAAAUGGAGAGCGUUAUGACUUCGAUGAACUGUAGUUCAAUAAAACAAUUUACGGACAACCAUUCAGUUUCGCCAUAUAAAUUCGACAAGGAGUGCGAAGUGAACAAUGUCAAAACAAAUACUAUGUUAGGGCUUAUAGAUGAUAGCAAAAUUGUUAUCCGGACAUCUGAUUCAAACAAAGCCUCUGUGAAAACAGAAAUAAUCAUUGGUUGGAAUGGCAAAGAUAAAAAGAAGGUAAAGGAUGGCAAAAAUAAAUGCUUUACUAGUCCAGCUGAUAUAUUACAGUCGUACGAGACCAAGAAGGCUGUACUUGAGAUUUAUACAGAAAAAUCUAUAUCUAAGGAUGGCGGAGAACGUUUAGUUGCAAAAUUGCCUAAAUUUGUUUACGGUAAAGAGCGUGAUAUUGAGAGCAAUUAUGUGAACAAGAUUUUACUUUCCCAUGACCGUCACUAACACUAUACAAAUCUAAUUCAUGUAUAAAAAAUGUUAAGUUCAAUCGUAGUAAUAUGGAAUUUUUUUUUACUAUUCAGCCUUUUUUAAUUAUCUGAACACAUUAUUUACGUAUCUAGUUACGUAGGUGUGUAUAUUAGGUAAAAUGAUGUAUUAUAAUUUGGUUAAAUUUUUGUUACAUUUUAAUGUUGUAUUUUGGUUGUUUUAUAUAUAAGAUUGAUUUGUUAUUUGUUUUCAUUAUGUAAAUUCGUAACUGUGGUGGGGUGCACAUUUUUAUCUUAAAUACAUUUAUUUAUGACUGUUAAUGUACGUUAUAUUACUUUUACUGGAAUAAAGACAAUGUGAACGAUGAUAUACUUUUACAAGGUUUUAACUUUACCUGUAUCUUGCAAGUCGAAUAUCACCUACUUCCACUUGUUCUACACAGUUGAAACUUUACAUCGGGGACUUAUGCAGUGAUUGAAAGUGUUUUAACACUGUUUUUCAUUUCUGUUUCUAAAGUGUUACAGAUAUAAACAGAUUUUCAAAAGAUUUGUUUUAUAGGUUACAGGCAAUAAGGUCUACAUUCGAAUAACAAUGUUUGUUCAAACACACACUGUGUCUAUGAGACUGGUGGCACUUUAUUGGCGGGCCCAUGAGUCAAAAAUCGUGUGCGCAUGCACUAGUCUUAUGAAUGUGUUGUACUUAUUAUUGUAUG